AGGAGAUGACCAGAGACUGCGGACACAGUACAGGAGAUGACCAGCGACUGCGGACACAGUACAGGGGAUGACCAGAGACUGCGGACACAGUACAGGAGAUGGCCAGAGACUGCGGACACAGUACAGGGGAUGACCAGAGACUGCGGACAUAGGACAGGGGAUGACCAGAGACUGCAGACAUAGAACAGGAGAUGACCAGAGACUGCGGACACAGUACAGGAGAUGACCAGAGACUGCGGACACAGUACAGGAGAUGACCAGCGACUGCGGACACAGUACAGGAGAUGGCCAGAGACUGCGGACACAGUACAGGAGAUGGCCAGAGACUGCGGACACAGUACAGGGGAUGACCAGAGACUGCGGACAGUACAGGGGAUGACCAGAGACUGCGGACACAGUACAGGGGAUGACCAGAGACUGCGGACAGUACAGGAGAUGACCAGAGACUGCGGACACAGUACAGGAGAUGACCAGCGACUGCGGACACAGUACAGGAGAUGGCCAGAGACUGCGGACACAGUACAGGAGAUGGCCAGAGACUGCGGACACAGUACAGGGGAUGACCAGAGACUGCGGACAUAGUACAGGGAAUGACCAGAGACUGCAGACAGUGCUGGGGAUGACCAGAGACUGCAGACAGUAAAGGAGAUUACCAGAGACUGCGGAC